AACACAGCUGUGCGCAUGCGCACCGCGCAUAGCAACACUCUGGGGCAGCAGAGGAGGCGAGGGAUCGUUUAUGCGCAUUUUUGGGACGAAAAAAGAUAAAUCAGCCCAAACAGACUCGCAGGAAUCAUGGGGAGUGUGUUCCUGCCGGCGGACGCGGCCCACUCGGUGCUGCACCGGCUGCGCAGGGCCAACUUCUUGCUGGAGGAGAUGAAACAGGGUAACAUCCAGAGAGAGUGCCGCGAGGAGAUCUGCACGUAUGAGGAGGCCCGCGAGGCUUUCGAGAACGACGAGAAGACGAGACGGUUCUGGGAGGAAUAUGUGCGGGAGAGCAGUCCAUCCGGAGGGCUGGAGACGGUGGUCGGAGGAGUUCAUUCUCUCUACUUGAUCGUGCCAUUGCUGCUGGUUGUGUUCAUCAUCGCCGCUGUUGCCAUCACUGUGUGGCGCUGCCACUCCCGCAAACGCUCGCAGCGCAGCCCCAGCAUGGGACACUCGCAUCAUGACCACGUCCUGUCAGUGGUCUCUAUGGACCAUUGGGGGAGGGAUUACCACCACGGUGACCAAUCAGAACUCAGCGUCCACAGCAGCCCAGCUUAUCCAGGCUCAGAGCUCACAUCAGGGAGAGGAAGCGCUGGAGACCCGCCACCAUCUUACGAGGAGGCUGUAGGCCAUACAGACGUCCAAAUAGAAACAGAGCCACCUCCACAGUAUGAGGACAUAGUCAACACCAGCUCUACUAGUGUCAAUGGUGGCCAUGGGAAGUAAACACAUCUCUCACCACCACCCCAACAAAUGCCCUAACCCACACUAAGACCAUCUGAUCAUUUAGCAGUAUCACUGUUGUGGUAUCACCAGCCUUCCCCAUUCAACACAUACAGAAACACUAUUAACUGUCUGGUCAGUGGACUAAUGCAAUCUUUGCCGGAGCCAGCGCUGUUGAAUUUUGCACUAACCUUUCAUCAAUGAAGUGAAGCGAUUGCAGGAAGGAUAUUGCAAUACCAAAACCAACCAACCUCUGCUGAUUGUCCUCAAGUUGCAUCUGUGCUGUCACACUGUAGCAAAGCAUUUAACACAGCAGGCGUUACAACUGUUGCAUGUGGCAUAAAUGAAAAAGGGUUCUGACUGCCAGAAUGAAGGACAGCUGUUGUAGAAGUGUAAAAAGUGUAUAUGGAGGUUGGGCCGAUGCUUUAUGGAAGGUCACUGCCAUUUGUUUUCAGACUUAAAGUGGCCAAUCUCAGAUAUUUUGCACCUAUUUUUGAAUACCUUUAAAGCUGAGCUCUUAGUUGUAAAAAAAAAAAAAAAAAACGGUUUCCAGUUAUAAUAGUGCAUAUUGCGUACUUUGCAAAAAUGUUGAUUUGCAAGACUCAAAAACAGCAUUUAGAGCACGCAGUAACAAUUAAAGUUGCAUUAAGUGAUUUUUGACCACCAGGGGGCAGAAAGAGAACAACCAGAUAAAAAUGAAGCAUAUAAUUUCUUAUGCCAAACCUGUAAGCAAACAAUUAUCUGCAGUAGUGGAUGCUUGGCUUGUCUAGGCUUGUCAGCUGUAAAUACUAAAUGAAAUUAAAUGUAAAUGGCUGCUCGCAGUUUUAUAUCGGGGGUUAAAGGGAGCCUUGAGACUAAAGCAUUUCGUAAAUGAUCAGGUUGCAGAGCCAAAACAAUUCGUCACAACUGUGCAGAGCCGCAGAGUGUGGAGUUAAUUCCUGAUAUUAAAAUGAUCUCUUAAUGCAGGUUUAUAGUCAAGUUGCCAAACGAAUGCAUCAGUCCAACUUCAGUAUACACUUAUGAAUGUUAUGGAGUUUAAAAUCUAAGACCAGUGAUUAUAAAAGGUGUGCUGAAGUGUGUGUUUUGUGUAUGUGUGUCAUAUGUGCUUAUAGUUUGGUAAUGCAUGCAGCUUAGUCUGUACACUCAAGGUUGGAUCUGGCUCUGCACUGUUUGUUGAUGGUCAGUGCUAGAUGGCCCAUGUCCUGCUCUGGGCUGUUGACACUUGCCAGAGCCUGCUUUAACUGUGAAAAUCUUUUCCCCUGUAGUAAAUAUAACCAUAUUGGAUAUGACUAAAGAGUCCUCUGCUGUGCCACUUUCACUAAAAGCACACUGAGGAUUCUUCAAAUAGGUUUGCAGCUAUACCAUUAGUGUAAGCUGUGGAGUGACUUGCACAGGAAUGUGGGACAGAGAGCAGUAGAGACAGAAGCUUUGUAGACACGUAUCAGAGGGGGAAAGAUUCUGUAUUUAAUGACGCCAUGGGAAGAGUUCACAUUUAGCAUGUGUAAUGUACCUGUAUAUAAAUAUGUAUAGUCUGUAUGUGUGAAAGUCAGUUACAGUGAGAUUGUUUUUUUACUGCAUAUGAGUGCAGUGAAUGCAUUGACACUAGUGUAACUAUUAUACAGUAGGUGGUGAAUAAAUGAAGGCACUUUGUGUUUAAGCUCGAAACGAGCUGUGUGAUGAAAAGUAGGACAGUUUGGUUUGACGACUUCAGCAUCUCUCUCUCAGCCAUUACGAUGUCACUGUAAUCCUCGGAAAAGAAGUGCUCAUACUCUAUAUGCAAUAUUGCUGCAUACACUCUAAAACCAAAUAUAUCUAAUGUCUAAUGUUCACGGAUACUGAUACAUGUCACAUUUCCUGUCUUCACCUCACAGACUUUGAGCACUGAUUAUUAUUCUACUUUUAUGUGAGCUGACCUGUGAACCUCAGCACUUGCAAUGACCUUGAACUGAGUUGUGCUGGUGGGGUAGCCAUUUUGGUUAGGUCACUUGUACUGUUGCAGAGCCCUUUUUUUUUUUUUUUUUUUUUUUUACAAUGCCUUAUAAAAAACAAAAUGUUGUAUAACAUUAAAUGCAAGAGAACUUGUUAUAAAUCCUUGAUAUGUGCAGA